AUGCAAGUCGGUCGUGAUAUAUCCCUUGUGAUGAUUCCCUUGAUCUUGUUGGUCCUAAUCACUUUGCACACUCCAGUGAUCGAUCAGUGGAUCCUGGUGAUCGCUCGAGACACUGAAGACAGAGGGUAUAGCUGGUUAUCUAGACAGAUAUUAGGGUUUAUAGUUAUUAUUAAUAAGUACUACUAUAAUAAGUAUAAGCUAGCUACUACUAGUUUUAGAUCUACUAAGAAGAGGCUAAAUAAGUGUUUAGAGUACACUAGUAACAAGGCCUUUAGUAAAAUAAAACUAUUCUUAGCCUUAUAA